UGAAAUAGUGUGAAAGUGAAGACUGGGUUUGAACAAUAUGGAGGUUUAAUGGAUUGGACUUGUUCCACGAUGGCAUUUUCAAGAGUUCUUUCUCUUUUUUUUCUUCAGUUUCAUCUCUCAGUUGUCCAUUUUUGUUGUCUUUCAGUCAUUUGAUUGAAGGUUGGGGGGACAAAGGAAUCGAGCUCGGAUGAUUCUUCUGGUAGUACCUGGAAGCUGAUGCUUGAACUUGGAUUUCAUAUGGCAAAUUAACUUGGAUAGUAUCAGCUCAACCUGGUUGGUCCAGGAUGUGGUCAUGAUUCUGCAUUGUUCUAUGUUUUUUGUUUGAUUAUUCAUGGAAAGACGUUUCAGGAACAUCGUCUCUGAAACGUCGUUGAGUGUGAUUGGAUAAGUUAGGAUAUAGUAGUGAGGUUAAUUCAGCUGUCCUGCCAUUAAACUCUGUUGCCCUAGUAUGGACCUAGCUGAAACUGAAAGUGACCAGAUUGGGCAAUCUAUACAAUUCUACAACUGUUUCAAAGUUUCAAGCCUCAGUGAAACAAUUUUAGAAACCACGCAAGUUGGAAGUUUAAAAGAUCGGUACGUUUUGGGGGAACGAUUAGGUUGGGGACAAUUUGGCGUGAUUCGAUCAUGUUCUGAUAGGAUGACUGGCGAGAUGUUGGCUUGCAAGUCCAUUGCCAAGGAUAGAUUGAUGACAGUUGAUGAUGUGCGCAGUGUUAAGCUUGAAAUUGAAAUUAUGUCCAGAUUGUCUGGGCAUCCAAAUGUUGUAAAUCUAAAGGCAGUCUACGAGGAGGAAGAAUGUGUGCACUUAUUAAUGGAGUUAUGUGCUGGAGGGGAGCUUUUCCACCAGCUUGAGAAGCAUGGCAGGUUUUCGGAAUCUGAUGCUCGGGUUAUUUUCAGGCAUCUAAUUCAAGUGGUCAAAUAUUGUCAUGAGAAUGGUGUUGUUCAUAGAGAUCUAAAGCCGGAAAACAUUCUAUUAGCCACAACCUCGUCCUCAUCUCCAAUUAAGUUGGCAGAUUUUGGUCUUGCAACCUAUAUCAAACCUGGUCAGAAUUUGCAUGGUACUGUUGGGAGCCCAUUUUACAUUGCCCCAGAAGUCCUUGCAGGAGGCUAUAACCAAGCUGCUGAUGUUUGGAGUGCUGGAGUUAUUCUUUACAUCCUUCUCAGCGGGAUGCCACCCUUUUGGGGUAAGACGAAAUCAAGAAUUUUUGAAGCUGUUAGAGCUGCAGAAUUACGUUUUCCUUCUAAUCUUUGGGAUCACGUAUCAACAUCUGCGAAAGACUUGAUAUCCAGGAUGCUUUGCAUGGAUCCUUCAAAGCGGCUCACUGCUGAGGAGGUUCUAGCUCAUUCAUGGAUGAAAGAUGCUGCCCAAGCAUCUCAAGAGCAGGAAAAGCAAGAUGCUCGAGAUUGCAGACUGGUGGAAAUGGGCAUGAGUUCUUCGCCCGCUCCAUUCAUCGUUAGAAAUCGGGAUUUUAGCUUCAGUGAUGGAACUCCUGUUAUUUGUGAGGACCAAAUGGGGCAUUCCCCUGUCUUCACAUGCAAAUCAUCGUUCUCUUCUUUCCUUUUAGACAACGUUGGCACGCCUAGUUCUGUUCCCGGAGGAUUUUCUUUCAGCAGUUGCGUUGAGUUAGAUACGGCUACUGAGUUUUCAUCCCCAAUUCCGAAGCUUCCCAGUUUUACUUUCUUCAGUCCAUGUUCAACAGUUGAUCAAGUAAACAGUUCGAUGAGAUUCAAAGCGAAUUUGUCACUGUCAGAAGCGCUUCAUGAAGCAACCAAUGAAACGGUUUCUUAUCCAAAGAAAAAAAAACCAUUUCCUUCAUCUUUGGAAUGGCUAUCAAUACCUCGUUCAAAAGCAGCAACUAAUUGGGAUUUCUAUGAAUAUCAUUUAGUUGGAGAUGAUUUCCUUAGUUUUACAACGGACCAUGUUAUCUUAAAUGCAGAACCAAUCAAGAGAAAGCUUUCUCUUCUGCUAGAACCUACAAUUCCAGCCAAGUACAGGUUUGGAGAAAUGGAGUGGAAAGAAACUAGAAAGGGAGGUGGAUCUAGAGGGACCAACAUUCCCAGCAAAAGGAAUCAUACAAUCGGACUUGGCGAGCUCGAUCAGCUCAAUCUAAUCGUGACCGAAUCAGUUAUACGAUGGGCAUCAUGCACACAUAUCCCAACAACUCCAUCCCUUAGGCUAUCACUUGUCUGUUAACAUUUCCAGUUUGUUAAAGAGGAACGUGAAAAGCCGACGAUCCCGAGAUUUCUUAACGUUUCAGUCUCAGGAAAGUGAAAUCUGUUGUUAUAUAGAGUCCGGGCAGAGCAGUUCUUUUUUUCUUCUUUUUGUUCUAUAAUUUUCUAUGUGGUGGUAUUGGGAUUCUGAUGCUUUGUUAUAUUUGGAAGUAGUCACUAAGCAGAAGGUGAGAGGUUUUGCAUUUGCUUGGCCUUUUCUGAGAACUCCCCUAACUUUCUAGCAUAGUUACUCAAAAUAUAAUUACAACCUCAA